AUGGACUGUGUUGUGGAGGAUAGACAGUCCAGCAAAGCCACAGUGCAUGAGGCACCAGAGACGGCAUCAGGAGAUGAACAGAACAGGCAGAAUGAGAGGAGGCUCAGAAGCCAAAUGGCAGCCUUUGGAGAAUUCAUGAGUAUGGGUCUAGAGCUGCCUUUACAAAAAAGCCACUGCUCAAAAUCAUCUUGUCAGAGAUUUACCAACUAUAUGACGCCUUCAAAUAGCCAACCAUACAGAAUUCGGUUCAGCUCUCGGCUAGAGAAAACCUCCAAAUAUGAUGCCUUAGCACAAUACAUUCUUUUUCUCAGUGUCAAAAGUUCCAGAAGGGUCUGGAAGAUCAAUGAUUGCCAGGUCCAAGAGUGUGGCUCUCUCAUUGGAAAAGGUGGUUGCAAGAUCAAGGAAAUACAAGAGAGUACAGGGGCUCAGGUCCAAGUGGCAGGAGAUAUGCUCCCCAAUUCAACUGAGCGUGCCAUCACUAUUGCUGGUAUCCCACAAUCCAUCAUUGAGUGUGUCAAACAGAUCUGCAUGAUCAUGUUGGAGACUCUUUCCCAUCCCCCCUUCAAAGGGCAUGACCAUCCCAUACCCAAGCCAUCAAGUUCUCCAGUCAUCUUUGCAGGUGGUCAGGAAAGGUACAGCACAGGCAGCAACAGUGCGAGCUUUCCCCACACCACCCCGUCCAUGUGCCUCACCCCUGACCUGGAGGGACCACCUGUAGAGGCCUAUGCCAUUCAAGGACAGUAUGCCAUUCCACAGCCAGAUUUGACCAAGCUGCACCAGUUGGCAAUGCAACAGUCUCAUGUUCCCAUGACGCAUGGCAACACCAGAUUCAGUGGCAUUGAAUCCAGCUCUCCAGAGGUGAAAGGCUAUUGGGCAGGUUUGGAUGCAUCUGUUCAGACUACUUCUCAUGAAUUCACCAUUCCAAACAAUUUGAUUGGUUGCAUAAUUGGCCAUCAAGACACCAAAAUCAACGAGAUCCAUCAGAUGUCUUGGGCGCAGAUCAAAAUUGCAAACCCAGUGGAAGGAUCUACUGAUAGGCAGGUUACCAUCACUGCAUCUGCUGCCAGCGUUAGCCUGGCUCAAUAUCUAAUCAAUGUCAGGCUUUCCUCAGAGACGGGUGGCAUGGGGAGCAGCUAA